AUGAGAAUACUAAGUAUUUAAAUUGUAUUUUUAUCUUAAAGAUAUUCAGUAAUACUUGUUUAGCCCAUAGAAUUCAAGAUACUAUCUUUUUCUUGCAUGGAUUAAUACACUCCUUCUUAAAUACUGAAAAAGAAAUAUUCAAAUGAUUUAAUAAAUAUCAUUAUUUUUGUGAACAACUCAUUUCUUUUAAAGGCUAAAAUAAUAGCUCUUAACUAAAUUUAAUAAAACUUCUUAGAAGCAUUCAAACUUUUCUUCUACUUAUCUUCUAAAGUUAUUAAAGUAUUUGGUGUUAGUAAUUACUAGUAUUUCUUUUUUGAAGCCUAAAGCGUAUGA